AUGUUCACCUCCAACUCGGGCCAUGCUGCUGCUGGACCUGCUGCUCACGGAGCCGGUCCAGCCCACAAUCCCACUCCGCCGACUGCCGCCCAUGCCAACGUCCACCACCCUCACAGCCUGCCCAUGCCCACCAACAUGAGCAGCGCCGCCGUGGACAUGAAUGUCUUUGACCAGGACCUCAACUUUGACGAGUCGCUGCUUGACGGCGUCAACGGCCUCGCGCCCCUCCCGUUCACGCCCUCGUACGAGUUCGAGAACUUCAACACCUUCGAGGACCCAUUCUCCUCCUACUCGGCCCGCCCAGCCUACGAUGUCCCCGCCGACAGCACCGAGCCCUUCAACGAGGAGUCACCCUCCCAGGAGCUCGACAACAAGCUCCUCAGCUUCUCCGCCCCGAUCCCCAGGGCCCAGAUCAUCGACGGCGCGGGCGUCCUGACAGACCCCAACAUGACAGCCGAGCUCUAUGGCAUGUUCUUCGUCGCCGAGGACGUCUUUGGCGGCGACACUUCCGGGCGCCCCCUGGAGCUGACCUGUUACCGGAGAAACCUGUGGCAGUGCUCCGGCCAGAUCACCCUGCCACGGAAUAUAAGUCAUAUCGUAGACGAGCAGUCGCACCAAGUCCAGAUUUUUGACCUCGCAGCCUCCAUCACUGCCAUAGAAUCCAUCGAGGGGAAAGCCACAGAGAUCAUAUCAAUACCCUGGAAGUCUGCCGGCGACGAGGGUUCCAAGUCGCCAGCUGCUCCCCCAAACAUAGCCCUGGACCUGUCCACCGGCCAAGAGCUGGACCACAAUCGCGUCUCCCUGCCGGUGUCGUGGAAGCGACUACAGUUCAAGCACGCGACAGCCAACAAUGGCCGACGCAAGGGGUUGCAGCAGCAUUAUGUGGUCCAGAUCAGCCUCCUGGGCAAGGCCAAGAGUGGUGAAUACCUCAAGCUCGCAGACAUGCAGUCCGGGCCCGUCAUUGUUAGGGGCCGUAGCCCGAGAAACUUUGACAGUCGCAAGGACGUGCCCCUGUCCGGUGACAAGAAGGCCGAAAGAAGGGCCACCUUGACGCCUUCAGAUACAGCGCCCAUUCCCAAGGUGGAGCGGACGGGAGAUCUGGCGCAGAACUUACAGAAGUAUCAUUCCCUAGGGAAUGUGCAGCAGUCUGGAGAAUGGGCAUCACCACAUCCGUACGUCCAGCCGGGACAGUCGUCUUCCAAGAAACUCGCACUAUCGCCAAACCUCAGCCGACCACCCGUGCCGCCGUGGUCCUCGGAACCAUCAAUCUCCAAGCCAGGACAGCCGACAACGCCGCGGAGCAACUCCUUCCAGCGCGGGGUGCCCUCGAGCUUGCCCAUCAACCUGUCCCUCUCCGAGGACGAGCGCAGCCCCAACCGCUCCAGCUCGGACUGCACGUCACCGCGCCACGCCAAGUCGAUGGCGGCCGCCCAGAACCUGCAAAAGAGCCCCGAGGACGACGAGGAACAGCUCUACGAGUAUUUCCCUCUGAGCCUCGACGAUUGGCAACAACCCGUAGACGCCAUCUACCGCCCUCACGUCGUCCACCACGUAUUUGUACCCCCGGAACUGAAGGCGCAGCAGGUCCGGAACAAAACCAAGCGAUAUUUUUCAUCUGACUGA